GUCACGGGCUUCCUCGACCAACACAUGACAUGUUUCGAUACAACUGUGAAACCUAGAAACGUUUAUAGAUCAUCAGGUGGCCAACGCUUUGACAUCAGCUCCACAUGGGGUGGAUAGAGCGAUGACCGCACCCCGCUCGGCCUGUGGGACGUGUAGAGCUGCGUGGGCCAUAAGAGUGGAGAGAAGUAGCGAAGGAUGGGACGGAGGGUAUGGGUCCUCUGCCAGGGCAUCCCAACAGCUGUGCUUUACGGCUCACUGGCUCUGUUUGUCUCUAUUCUCCACAACGUCUUCUUACUGUAUUACGUGGACACCUUCGUGUCUGUUUACAAGAUUGACAAGUUGUCAUUUUGGGUUGGAGAGACUGUGUUUCUAAUAUGGAACAGCCUGAAUGACCCUCUCUUUGGCUGGCUGAGUGACCGCUCCUUCCUGAGCUCUCCUCACUCUGGCUCCCAGAUCACGUCCCCUGAGGUGGUUCUGAAGCGGCUGCAGGCUCUGUCCCGCAGCGGGCCUCUCUUCGCCCUCUCGUUUCUGGCCUUCUGGGUGGCCUGGACCUGGCCUGGCCUGCAGUUCCUCAUCUGCCUGUGCCUUUACGAUGGCUUCCUCACGGUGGUCGACCUCAACCAUAACGCCCUCCUGGCCGACCUGGCGGUGUCUGCACAUGACCGCACGCGUCUCAACUUCCACACCUCCUUAUUCAGCGCCAUCGGCUCUGUGUCCGUCUUCCUCUCGUACUCCUUCUGGAACAAGGAAGACUUCUACUCCUUCAGGAUAUUCUGUGUGACUCUAGCUGCUCUUUCCAUGCUUGGCUUCUUCGUCGUUUCGCGUCUUCUGCAGCACCGGUUUCAAAGUGAAGUCCAGCCACGCAAGACCGAGACCCAGCCACUCACUGAACUGAGUGUUGGUCAAGCUCCUUUUACCUCAGCUGAGAAGCCGGUCACUCUUGGCGAGUAUUUAAAGCAGCUGUCACGCCACAAGAACUUCAUGUGGUUUGUCUCUAUGAACCUUGUACAGGUAUUCCACUGCCAUUUCAACAACAAUUUCUUUCCUCUUUUUUUGGAGCACCUCCUGUCAGACCGAAUCUCUGCCUCUACCGGGUCCUUCCUGCUGGGAAUUUCUUAUAUUGCACCUCAUCUGAACAAUCUCUACUUCUUGACGCUGUGCCAAAGACUGGGUGUGUACCAGGUGGUUCGUGGCCUCUUCAUGCUGAAGCUGGGUCUCAGCGUCGCCAUGCUUUUAGCUGGGGCCGACCAGAUCUACUUGCUCUGCAUCUUUAUUGCUAGUAAUCGUGUGUUCACCGAGGGCACUUGUAAGCUUCUGAAUCUGGUGAUCACAGAUCUGGUGGAUGAGGAUUUUGUGAUGAACCGCAGACAGCAGGCAGCUUCUGCUCUUCUCUUUGGUAUGGUUGCCUUGGUAACCAAGCCUGGCCAGACCUUUGCCCCUCUAAUUGGUACCUGGCUGCUGUGUCUCUAUACAGGAUAUGACAUCUUCGAGAGGAACUCUGUAGCAGAAGCCCCGAUUGCAGCUCCUGCGGUUCCCGUGCCGCUACGUCAGGGUUGCUUUUACCUGCUGGUGUUUGUGCCCAUUUCCUGUGCCCUUCUUCAGCUGCUGGCAUGGUCUCGCUUCACUCUGCACGGUCGCAGGUUACAAAACAUCAAGACCCUUCGGCAGAGUGCCCAACACAGCCACCUCAUAGAUGUCAAAGCUAUAUAACACUCCUGUAAAAAGAAAAAGACCGAUGAGCAGCAGGCAUUUCCUCAAAACUAGACCGUCAAUAGAGAAUGGUGAUGCCUAAUACUGCAGCAGACACUCAACACAGACUGUAUGGUCCUGUUUAUUAUAACCUGCCUUAAUUUGCUACGUUUGGCUAUUUAUAUUGAGUAUGUGACCAAAUAUGAAUGGACGGUUCAGAGAGUCUUGUGGUUUUGGGACCAUAUUGAACAAUACAACCAACUGCCGUCAAGUAUGUAGUUCAAUGGGUUGAUAAUCAAGCCAAAUCUAAUCGCAUCUCCCUUGCCUGUAUAUGAAAAUACACACUGUGUUUUGAGAAAGGGCACGUUUACAGUAAGCGUUCAUUGGCAUUCCAGGGAUACACGUUUGUUUGGAAACGCAUGGAUGUUUGUUGAUACUAUCUUUGUCAUUCAGCCGAGCGUUAAGAGUUGAGUCGUGGCCAGUUUUAUAUGACUUUUACAGUUACUCGUUGAUAUCAGUCAUUAUUCAUACUGAAAGGUAUGUAUGUGCGUGUUGUACUAGCAUGUAUAACUAACAUAUUUUUGUACCAAAUGCCCGAGUUCACUUUAUAUUUGUGUUUUAAGGGUUGUCCAUUUGACUGAGAUUCGAAGAUGGCUAUUAAUUAUUUGGCCAGUUUGACAUUAAAUAGAGAUCGACCUCUCAAAGUAGCAGAAAUAGUUUUGUAUCAAGGUUUUACAAAGUACAUUUUUAUUGCCAAAUUUAUAUUCUUAACUUUUAGGAAAAGGUGUCGUUAAUGAGACAUUGGUGAAAUUGCAGUUCCUGUGUUAUCGCUGCAAAUUACAAUAUAUGAAACACGACGCCACGUCUUAAUAUUACUGUAUUUUAGGCCUUAGAUAGGCCUUAUCCAUCUGUUCAUUCAACUGCUUGUUGAUGCAGAGUAGGCACAUCUGAUGUUUUACUCAUAUCGGUUAUUUAUUUUCAGAAACAUCUGAGUUCAGACUGCAUGAUUUUCAAAGUAGUCAUGUCACAGAUGUUUUUAGACUGCAUGACUAUCUGGGGUAGCGUUUCGUUGCUGCAGUGUUCACACUGCAAGAUGGAUCGGCUACAGGUUUCACACUGCAUGACUUUACAAUAGGAAGAAUCGCCGACAACUUUGUGUCGGUCCACAAACUACGUCUCACAACCAAACACAUGCGAGAAGUGACAUGGAAACAGCGCAAUGUCACGUAGUAAAUCUUUUGUUAUUAACUACAUAAUGAGAAAGAAGCCUUUAGUGGGGUAGAAAAUGUAUUUAUUUCGCUCGCCUGAGUUUUGAAAGGAAUUUACAAUUUCUCCUCAACUUUUUUCUUUUUCGACCUGGUUGUGGUAUUGCUCAGAUGACAUGUCAAACGGACGCAGGUGCUCCUGCCAAAUUUACACUAGUUUUUCCUUAAUUUCUUGGGUCCAAAUAGACUGAAAAUGAGCCAUUUUAACUUCUCCCGCAGCCUCCCGCUGGCCUGCAGAUAUCCAUACUUGUGGAUGCUGCUCUCUCAUUGGCUGUAGGUGAUCACCGAUGUUAUUUUCAAUCAGAACACAUUUCAAAUGGCAUGAUUUGAAUCGCUGACAGCUCCAGAAAUUUAGCAUGCCAAUUUUCUUACUGGUGUUGACGACUCAUCGGCGAUUCUCUCAGAUCGCGUCUUUGAUAGUUCACACUGUGAUUGUUACUUGCGGGAAUGGCCGUCAAUUUACCUGUGAUUUCAGGCAUUUGUCAGCGAUUUCUCAAAACCUGUCUGUGAGUCAAAAUCGGGGCUAAAAUCAUGCAGUCUGAACUCGACAUUAGGAUAUACACUUUUCUUAGUGCUUUUGCCCAUUGUUUGAAACAUUUGGCUUGCAAAUAAAUGUUGUUUUACGUCUCA